AUGGAAGAAAUCAAUAAACGGAUAGUUAAGCGAAUGACAAGAACGUUGUACGCGGAGGAAUAUGAAUUCAUUGUAUUGAAACGUGACGAACCCCUCCACCCCGAAGUUAUCGUCACACAACAAAUGCUCGAUGCGCUCCGGCCAUCAAAGUACCCGACCAAAUCAGCUAAACGGGUGCGUAUGAUAGUACGUGAAGACAUAGAAGAACGGGAGGAGUUUAAUGGUUUCGAUCGCAUCACUGUGAAAAAUUCAGUUGCGAAUGAAAAAGUCGAGAAAAAUGACACAAAGAAUAUGACCAAAAGGUUAAGAAUGGAAAAAGAAGAAGAAAACACGUCCCACGACUUUACGAAGUAUUUUGAAGUGAAUAAACCAAACAAAUUGAUGGAGGUGGAGAGUCAACAACAGAACGAAACAACCGGAGAAAACGAGAACGGAGAUGAUGAACCCAAACUUGCCCUCCGAGAGGUGAGAAAGAAACGGAUGGACGAGGAACAAAAGAGAAAGGAUAUUGCAGAUAUAGUCAAAGAAGCGUGUCCAACACUCUUUAGCGAGAAAAUUUUGUUCACGCCACAAGACUCGAUGUCGGAAGAGUCUGCGAAUGACGACACGCAGUUCUUGGAAUAUAAAAACAAUUUAAAUUACAUGUCAACGUCGGACGACACUGAAUUGGAAUAUUUCGACGACGGAAAGAGCGACACCGAGAUAUUCACCGAUGACAGUGAAAGCGACGAGGAACCUGAAAACUCGAUUGUUAAAGUAGUCAAAGUAGACAAAGUUGUUAAAAAAGCCCGACGGCCAAGAUUACCUCGAAAACUUCAGAAAGUCGAAACCCUCAACUUUGGGAAAGGCGAAAAAGCCAAAUUGGUUGGAAAGAAGAAGAAAGUGGUGGACAACGAGCGACUCCGUUUGAUGGAAAUUAAGCAACGAAUAUUGAACGAUAGUGUGAAUGAUGCCAACAAACAUGUCAAUGAUUCGAUGACUGUUUCACAGAAAGUUCAUUACAAGAUACCUCGGAAGCCUCAGCCUGUAGUGUUAAUCGAAGAAGACCCCAAAGAAGACAAACGACCCUGUCAAAGCAUUUACAGUGGGUACAGAACACAAUUUUGGAACGCCAAUUAUAACAGUGGGUACAUCGAAGACUUACCACCUAAGAGAUUGAUUACGACAAACACGGAUUUUGGGGAUGACAAUUUUCAGAAUGCAUUCAUAGAGGAUUUUAGUAAGAACUCUCAAGUCGAGUCGACUGUUAUAAGGAAUGAAAGUCGUGUGAUCGUUGAAGAAGAAGAGACGACUAAAAUAGAUACUAAUUUGGACGCAGCUUGUAUCCACUCGGACAAAACAUCGGGGAAGAACUCAUCGAAUGGAGAGAAGGGCGAUGUGGAGGAGACUUUGAAUGUUUGUUUUGACUUGAACACCGACUUAGAUUUGAAUAAGGAAGAUAACAGUGGGAUAUCUAUUGAAGAGUGUGAACAUCAUGAAGAACAAGCACAAGAAAAGCCUGAAGAGUAUGGAACAAUACUAAUGGAAGUGGAGAAGCCUGAUGAAGUAAAACAAACACAACGGUCGACAGUGAAGACACUCUUUGAAGAAGCCCAGAACGCACAAGACACAUAUCGAAGGAGUGCCUUUGUAAGAUAUAUCACCGCACCCAAGAGAAGUGUCAUUGAGCCACAAAAACCUUUUGUGGCUAACACUCAACAAACUGAACACCAAGUCAACACUCUUUCGCGCGAAACCCAGAGACUGGAGAUGCUCAAAAAAAGAAAGAACUUGCAACGGUCUUAUUUUUGA